GUUUAGACAAUACAGAUUAUUACUUAAAUGGUCCAGUGAUGGCGAAUCUUAAGUUAGUUGAAUUAGGGUUGUCUUCUUAUGAUUGGACACACUUUUGUUUAUCAUUUGUAUUCAUGGAUUCGUGCCCAGCAUUACAGAGUGCUUAUGUCAAAAUUGAUUGCUGUCGCAUUACCGUCAAUGAUUCAAUAAAAUGUACAAAUUUACAAGAUUUAGUUAUUCAAUUUUACGAACCAAGCGAAUGGGAUGAUCUAUGGAGAUUAAUGUCGAAAUAUCCAAAUCUAAAGCAUUUGGCAUUACGAGGUACCUCUUUAAAAGAUGAACACAUCAAACAAUUAAUAUUGCUUUUGCCAAAACUGACUCUACUUGAUAUUCGUGAAUCUCGUGGAGUCACUCAAGAAGCUGCUGAUCAUGUUCGGGACUAUUGUAAGCGGUAUGGCCGAUCAAUCAAUUUUUAUUUCAAAGCAGACGACAAACAAAUUGUAUCUGAUUGGCCGCAGUUAUUGAAUCAACCAGACAAAAUUUGUCGUGGAUUUGAUUUCAUGGAACAUUGUUUUUUUAAAAGUUUUAAUCAGUUGCCACAUUUUUUGGAUCCAAUAGAUGAUUAAAAAUGCAAAAGUUAAAAUUGUCGAUUUCUUUGUAUUCAACUUUUGUUUCAGCUGCAAGGUUUACAAUAGUGAAAGAAAUGUAAUCCUUGAUAUCUUGUAUGACAUUUUGUAUAAACUGGUCUUGUUAACCAUUAAAAGUGUUCAUCUGA